AUGCCUGGAUUACUCGCGAGCGACCAAUACGAUGACCUUACGGGGGCCGUACAGCAGAUAAUCCUUUCUUCUUCAGAAUCAGAUUAUGUCGACCAAUUGAUACCGCUCCUGAAAAGCGCAGAGACGCAAGCCCAGGUCACACCUCUCAUACACGCUCUCAAUCAUGUCUCCGCCGAUCGCGAAGCCCAGAUCGAGACCAUCUGCAACAACAAUCAUCAAGAGUUCAUUCACAGCGUCGAUCAGCUCCAAUCUGUCCGACAGGGUACGGUCGAGCUUACCGCUGAGAUUAUGACCCUGAGCCGCAGCAUCGAGGCCAGUACGGAGAAAUUGGCCGAGCAGAAGAAGGCGCUGGUGGACUCGCGAGGAGUACGGCAGAAUAUCGAUGAUGCCACACAGGCCCUCAACGAUUGCCUCGAGGUCCUACGCCUGGCCAACCAGGUUCAUGACUUGCUUAGCAAGAAGAACCAUUACGCGGCCCUCAGAGCAUUAGAUGAACUCGAAAAUGUGCACCUCCGGGAAGUCACUCGAUAUAAGAUUGCAGAGAUGAUUGAGCGUUCCGUGCCCGCAACUCAGCGUCUCAUUGCGGAUGCCGUCAUGGCAGAUCUGAACACAUGGCUAUACCUCAUCCGAGAGAAGUCACAAUUUUUGGGCGAGGUAGCUUUCUACCACACCGAAAUGCGCCGGACGCGACACAAGGAGCGUAGCGACAAGACUCCGUAUCUUGGCGCCUUCAAGCUCAAUUCCGCAGUCGAGCUUGUUGCCGACGAGUCAGAAGAGUUCGACGUGCUCAGCGACUACGAGGAAGUCUCGGUGGAUUUCUCUCCACUUUUCGAAUGUUUACAUAUUCAUAACGCCCUGGGUGAGACCGAAAAGUUUCGAGCACACUACGCAGCAAACCGCCGCCAACAGAAAGACCUUCUUAUCCCUCAGACCCUCAUUCCUCUUGACGAGGAAAAUGGCAGUCUUAUCAGCUUGCUAGAAGGCAUUGCUGGUUUCGCUAUUGUGGAGAAGGGCACGAUACGAAGGACUGAGAACUUUCGCGCCCAAAGCGAUGUUGAUGAGCUGUGGGACAGCAUGUGUCAGUCCACCAUCUCGCUGAUCAACGCUGCCUUGACCAGUGUGGACAGCGAUGAGAAGUUGUUGAAGAUUAAAGGCAUUGUUGCGCUGUUUAUCCAGACUAUGGACAGCUGGGGUUAUCAAGUCACCAAUCUGGACGGCUUGGUGGUGACGAUCUUUGAGAAGUACACCGCCCUGCUUCGAACAAAAUUUGGCGAUGAUUUCGAUGAGAUUGUGAGCAGUGAUGACUACAUGCCCAUGCCAAUCAGCAACAUCGAUGAUUACAACAGAGUCAUGUCCGCAUCAUGGUACACACCACCACCCGAACUUCGACGGCCGGAGGAGAUUACGUAUCCUUGCCAUUUCCCCUUCAGCCAGAUGUAUCCCCUGAUCUGCUUCGAUAUUCGUAGCUUUCUGAGCCAGAUGUACCUCUUCUCUGACGAUCACUUCCGCAACACUACCCUGAUCGACGAGACGCUGCAGAACAGCCUCGAUCAAUUGCUUUCCGAAAAAGUCUGUGGUACACUCGUGGAACGGCUGUCAUCGCAAUACCCUGGACAGAUCGUCCAAAUUUUGACGAAUCUCGACCAUUUUGAGAUGGCGUGUAAAGAUCUGGAACGGCUCCUCGUCGAGGCACGCUCUAGCAGCUCGGCAGCAGGACCCAUCACUCUACGCGCGACCAGUCAAUUUGCCGUCGCAAAGAAGAGAGCGGAGACGCGCAUCUUUGAACUUGUGAACAGCAAGAUCGACGACCUCAUCGAAACAGCCGAAUACGACUGGACCUCCACCCAGGUCCCCACGGAGUCAUCCGAAUACCUACAAGAGCUCACCCGCUACCUUUCCAACAUCAUGAGCAGUGUCCUCAUGGGCCUGCCCGAAACCGUCAAGAAGCAAAUCUACCAUGAAGCCCUCGGCCACACAUCAGCCGCCCUGCUCGCUCUACCUCUCGAUCCCAGCGUCACCAAAAUCUCCCCACAAGUCGUCACCGCCUACAAAAUGGACGUCGACGAACUCAUCUCCUUCGUCGACAGCCUCCCUGACGCGACGACUCUACGCACCGCCCUCGCCGAGCUUCGCCAGACAACUGACCUCAUGACCCUCCUCGCCGCGGGCAAUGCAGAGGAAUUCUUCGACUCGAGCCGCUCGGGUGCGAGAUUCAGCCAGGUCGAUAAGAUCAAGGGAGCGGAAUUGCUGGAGAAGGUCUUGGCUCAACAGGAUCAGGUUUUGCCGAAGCCUGAGCGCUUGAGCGUUUUGCCAGAGGCGGAGCUGGUAAAGAAGCCCAGCACGCAUUUCGGUGACUUCAGGGAUCGGUUGGGACAAUUCACGAAGAGAUCCUGA